GAUUUGGGUGGUUUCUGGACCUGAUUCUGUGCUGUGCCCUCUCUCAUCGUGUCGUGGCCUUAGCUGGUCUUACUGAAGAACUGCCAGUCGAUGGCUCUAAUGGACAAACACAAAGUGAAGCGGCAGAGAUUGGACCGCAUCUGUGAAGGCAUUCGACCACCCAUCCUCAAUGGGCCCAUGCACCCUCGUCCUCUGGUGGCACUGCUGGAUGGGCGGGACUGCACAGUGGAGAUGCCCAUACUGAAGGAUGUGGCCACUGUGGCCUUCUGUGAUGCCCAGUCCACCCAGGAGAUUCACGAGAAGGUUCUAAAUGAGGCCGUUGGAGCUUUGCUCUACCACACUAUUACGCUCUCACGAGACGACCUGGACAAAUUCAAAGGUCUUCGGGUCAUUGUGAGGAUUGGCAGUGGAUUUGACAAUGUUGAUAUUAAAGCUGCAGCAGAUCUGGGUAUAGCAGUAUGUAAUGUGCCAGCGGCAUCUGUGGAGGAAACGGCAGACACUGCCAUGUGUUUAAUUCUGAAUCUAUACCGCCGCGUCACCUGGAUGCAUCAGGCUCUACGUGAGGGUACUCGUGCCUCCAGCGUGGAGCAGAUCAGGGAGGUGGCUGGAGGCGCUGCCCGCAUUCGAGGAGAGACGCUGGGCAUCAUCGGGCUUGGACGUGUGGGCCAGGCAGUUGCUCUGAGGGCAAAGGCCUUUGGGUUUGGUGUGAUUUUCUAUGAUCCGUACCUGCCAGAUGGUGUAGAGAGAUCACUAGGGCUCCAGCGCAUGGCCACACUACAGGACCUGCUCAUACACUCUGACUGUGUGUCGCUACACUGCAGUCUGAAUGAACAUAACCAUCACCUCAUCAACGACUUCACCAUUAAACAGAUGCGUCAGGGUGCUUUCCUAGUGAACACUGCGCGUGGAGGUCUGGUGGAUGAGAAAGCUCUGGCCCAGGCUCUAAAAGAGGGAAGAAUACGGGGAGCAGCACUGGACGUCCAUGAGACAGAGCCCUUCAGUUUCUCUCAGGGCCCUUUGAAGGAUGCCCCAAAUCUUAUCUGUACCCCACACACAUCCUGGUACAGUGAACAGGCCUCCAUUGAGGCUAGAGAAGAGGCAGCGAGGGAGGUGCGCAGAGCCAUUACAGGCCGUAUCCCGGACAGUCUGAAAAAUUGUGUUAACAAGGAGUAUUUGAUGUCAGCAUCUCAGUGGCCAUCUAUGGAGGCCGCCACUGUGCACUCUGAGCUCAACGGAGCUGCAGCCUAUAGGUUCCCUGCCGGGCUGAUUGGUGUAGCAGCGGGCGGUUUGCCUGGAGCCGGGGCAGGAGUGGAGGGCAUUGUGGCUGGAUCUCUGCCCCUGGCACACGCCAUUGCCCCCAUCUCUCACCCACCUCAUACCCCAUCUCCUGGGCAACCCUCCAAGGCAGAGGCUGACAGAGACAUCCCUUCUGACCAAUAGCAUCCCAGCACAUUCCAUCUUUACCCUGAUUGAUGCCCUUUCACCUCACCCAGGAGUCGGCCAAGGCUGACACCCCUGCUAUCGAUGUGACCUUUGGUCACCCCAGCCCAGCAGAACGUGUACAAACCCAGGAGUGACCCACUCGAAACCCUCUACCCCCAGUUUACCUGUCAUUUCCACUCGCUGUAUUAUCUGUUUCUCACUUUGGCAGUAAGCAAUAACUUCUCAAGGAUUCAAUAAUUGGGUUGAUACACUCUCUCUAAGCUACAAAAUCCCAGUUUCUUUGCUUUGUAUUUACUCUGGACUAGUUGGAGUUUGUUUCUGAGUAGUGUUUCUAAAAUUUAUUUUCAUUGAUCUUCUUUUAUUUCCUUCACCCUCCCCAUUCUCCUCUAAGCAUACAUUUUGUAAACCUUCUCAACCUGUCUUGUCUUAGCAAAAUGUUUGAUCAUCAAAACAAAGCAACAGCUGGCUUAAGUCUUUGAUUAAAUUCCUCUAGCCACGGUUUCAACAGCCAUCAGCGUUUUUCACAGCUGGUGUUCAGUAAUGGAGAUCAUGGCCUAAUGAUUAGCCCAUGGCUAAGAGUAACUCGGUCCAUGGGAAGAGCUCAGAUGUUUUGAGUUCCUCUCACUCUCUCUUCAUGUGGAAGGCAUCUUCUAGAAUUUUCCAUAUUCUCCCACUCUCUCUCGGAAAGGUGUUUGCAGAAAUCAUGAGCUUCACCCCCUCAGAGCUGUUCGGGGUUGGUCUGAUCAUGUGCUCGCUUUAAGUCACAAGAUUUACAGUAUCCAUUAAGCCUGAAGUCAGCAUAAGUGUCGUUGAAAUAGCAUAAGUGAAAUUCCAUCGUCUUGUGAUGGCCGAUUUAAAUUUUUUGUAGCCGCUUGUGUUGCUUGGUAAACAGGUUGAUGAUAAUGGGAGAUCUAGAAUUGCUUAUAGCCAAAUAAAGCCAUAUUCAAAGUCACAUUGUGUAACAUUGCUGGUAAAAAAACGACAUACCUUUUUUUUUUUUUUUUUUUUCUGCAGUGCUGUUUGACAAAAAAGGUUUGUUGCACACCUUAAACUCCCCCAAAAAAGGAAUGCCCUUUUUACAAUGUGUGUACAACAUUGACUUCCACUUGACUCAUACUGAGAUCCACCAUAGCUGAUAAUAUAGGCACCUUUUUUAUGCUUAGCCAUUUAAAGUCAAAGAAUAUAUGCCUUGUAUUCCAUAUCUUGUCUCUGUCCUGAAUAUCUCUUGCUGUACUUCCUCCUUGUGCCUCCUUUUCCAAUUUGGCCUUCUCUUUGUGACACAGCAAGGUGCCCUCCUCCUCCACCCUUCAUAUCUCCACUCGUCCUCUCACCCAUCUCUUCCCAUGAAAUCACUGUGUAGCACACCAGCCCUGCCCUUCCUCCCCAGUAUCUUCCCACAAGGCACUUAACUCUCACUGUCUCUCCACCCACAAACACAUUUUCAUACAGCCCUAGUAUACAAUUGCAAAGAGCUUCGAUUCAUCCACCUUUUUGGGAAGAAGUCCUAGUUUAUGCUAGGGCUUAUUCUGCUGAUUUUAAGCCCAAUAUUUGCUCUGGAGGCUGCAUUAAUGUGAUUUAGCCAGCAGGAGGCGAUGACUUGCUUUCUCCUUGUGUAUGUGGCCAGCUUACAGCCUAUUACCUCACUUGCUGUGGAUUUGGCUGGUUAAUUCAUCCCAGCUCACCAUCACAUGGCCAAUGGUUGCUUGCACAGCUUACCUUGUGUUUAUAAAAGACGAUUUAGCAGGAAAUCAGACUGCUAGGGCUGCUCUUUCCAUGGCUCAUAGUCUUGAGACUUAUAAAUGCUCUGGAUGAGUGAUGUGGCGGUUCUAUGCCACACUUUUCCACUAAUUUACGCAGACAUACCCUGCUGUCAACAAGCGGUAUUUUCAUGGGUGUCUUCUAUAUCAGCAUAUGAAAUGGCUGUUUAACUAUUAGAUGACUCUUAGAGCACACAUGAUAAGGUGAAAAGGAUGCAAGAAGCUAGGUCACACAAUAGUUGUUUGCUUUCCAAAGAAGGUAGGUCAUCCCAAGCUUGAGAGUGUCUCGGGAUACCAUUCUGUGUGAAGAGCAAGGCCUUUAUAGUACCUCAGUAACAGAUAUUGAAUGUAUGCUCAAAUCUUUUUCUUUGUACAGCUUUUUUUUAGGCCAUAGGUUCGUAUAUCUGAGGGGGUGUGUAUGCGUCUGCAUGUAUGUGAAGGCGUGUGACUGCUUAUCCAGUACAUCGGUUAUACGCAAUAUGUCUCUGCCUAUGCUUAGGAUGUCUUUAUAUAUUUCAUUAGAUGUAGUUAAAAUCUCAGGCUUUAGCUUAAGAACGUUCUGUGAUUUUGUAAUUUUCUGUACAAAGGAGCACAGUUUCAUGUCUUCGUUGAGAUGUUUGCUAAUAAAUGGAGAAGGGGGUGCAAAACUAUGUAAUUGGUACAUAAAUGAAACUAAUGUUUCAGUAUGGAUUUGGGGUGAUACUUUGCAGCCUACCAAAAGUCCAUUCUAUGUACCUGAUGUUGUUGCAAGUAUCCCCAGAUGGUUGUCAUCCUUGAUAGUCCCUACUCAUGAAAUGAUGCAUGAUGAGACAGAAAAAUAUUUCUACCAAGUUGUACCUUUUAGGACCCUCCCCUUGUUCCUCAAUGGCCACAUUUUGGUGUCGAGUUUUGAGUGACAUGCAGCUUUCCUAGACUGAAGUGACACCCCUUUUAUAGCUGCUCUGUACAUUUUUGUGCUACGGUUUUUAAAUUCUAUUGCAUUUUUUUAAAGUUUCUUCUAGCAUUAUCGUGGUGUUUCUUUGCCGUCAGCAUCAUCCAGCUUUGAUGUGCACUGUGUUAAAACCAAGAAAUUACAAAUUCUUGUCUUGUUUGUCAUUCAGUGUUCAACAUGUUGUACUGAAACAUUUCAAGAUGAGUAUUGUUCAAUACUUCUGCCCUCUGUUGUGAUUCAGCAUCCAGAAAUCCCUCUUGUUUGAAGGCCCUUGCUAUCUUAAGAGUGUAGUUUUCAUGUAGUUCCCUCGCUGCCUUAUGGUUGUAGAUUGUGGUGGGCUUGGUGAGUUUCUUCCAAUCCUUUCCCCCUUCACAACCCUUACCCCCACAAACACACAUGCAAGAGAGAGAAAGCUGUUUUCUUUAGCCAUAUGUUGCUCUGUUUGCUUGAUGCAUAUUUCUGGAGAACACACAUGGCUUUUGCUUUUAAGUUGUGAAGUGCUCAGGCACUAUGAAAGAACCUUUCAGGACAUGCCGAUCCCUGCGAUGGGAUGAAGCUGUAGCUAAGUCUAGUCCAUGAAGGGAGGCUGGAGAGGAAAGAUAUGGACUUGGAGCAGUCAGUUUCUCUCUCAGGGUUCCAUACACACAUCCUUCAACCGUCUCUCAUAAUCUUCCUCCAUCCCAAUAACUAUCAUGUUCUAGUUCUCUCACAAAGUCCAUGUUUCAACAGUGAGUGUCUUUCUCUGUGAUCCUUUCCUUUCUACACCGCUCUCUCUCCUCUGCUUUCUUUUUUGCGUAUUUGUCGCACUGACACCUAACAACAGAAGAAUGAAUGUUUUAAUAAAACUGCGUGUAACGUUGAAGUUGGGAAAUGUAUUUUUACAACAUGUGAACUUUUGAUUCCUUUUUUUUUUUUUUUUUUUUUUGUGAAUUGAUUUCCCCUGUUCCCCCAUCACCAGACUGCAAAAAAAGGUAAAAACAACACAAAAAAAAAUUAUCCUGUAACUAGGCUCUUAAGCUUUACUUUACUGUUUUUGUUUACUUUUUUAUUAGAAAACAAUCAUGUUUGUGAUGGUAACCUCUGAUGGUAAAUUCCACAAGGUAUUUUAAUAAAAUCGUAAAGAUUAAA